UCUGCAUUAAACACACAGGAUUCUGAGCGACAUUGCUGUUAAUUCGUUCAGCAAAAGACGAUGAAUUUCAUAUCGCUUGCUGUGUUCACUUUUGCGCUUGUUUCACACACUUUGGCUGAUAAAGAAGACAAGCCUGCCGACCAGCCUCAUGGACCAGACGUGCGAGCAAAAAGAGGACGACCGCCAAGCCCUUGUCCCCCUGGCUAUCCCGGAUGCCACAAACCAUUACGCCCAAAAGGGCAAUGCUGUGGUGUCCCUUGCGUUCCUGGUGUUCCAGGUGUACCUGGGCGAGCUGGCAUGGACGGCCACCCUGGCCCUAUUGGUGUGCCUGGGGCAAUUGGAGCACCAGGUCAACAAGGUGAGAAAGGUGAUCGUGGUGUUUCCGCGACAUCCAACUGGAAACAAUGUACUUGGAAUGCUGAAGAUGGAAAAGAUAAUGGACUAAUUCGUGAUUGUACGUUUGUAAAAAAACGAGACGACUCUUAUCUUCGUGUUUUCUACGCUGGAAAUCUUCGCAUCUACAACUGUAAUGAAUGUUGCAAGCGGUGGUAUUUCACAUUUAAUGGCGCUGAAUGCAAUGUUCCUAUUGAAGGUGUUUAUUAUAUGUGGAAAGGAUUAAACACUCAAAACCUUCUCCGUCAUCGACAUAUUGAAGGUUAUUGUGGCAAUAUUCGUCAAGGCAAUAUCCGUGUUGGAUUUAAUGUUGGUAAUUGCAAUAAAUAUGGAAACGCUGACGCGUAUUCCGGCUGGAAUUCUGUCUCGCGUAUUGUGAUUGAAGAAGUACCACCUCCACAACAAUAGAUUAAUUACUACCUGCUUUUACACUUAUUGCUUUAUAUCAGAAUUUGAAUAAUCACAUAUUAAUUCAAUAAUAUACUAAGUAAGUGAAAAACGAAACGGCGUAAUUCUUUAAUUAAUUCUAAUGAACGCAUGUAUAAAAAAAAACAUACUCCGUAAUUCUUUAAUUAAUUCUAAUGAACGCAUGUAUAAAAAAAAACAUACUCCGAAAAAAUUGCAUUUUGUAAACUCAAGAUAUGAGCUAUAGACAUGGGCGAAUCGAGGAAAUCGCCUGACCGGUGCGUAAUCUUAGGUCUCGCAUGAAAAGGGAGGUCAUAUGGUAUUCUCCCCCGGGAAAUUUUAAAAUCUAGCAAAUGCGAUUUCCAGCGUUUUAAAUGAA